AUGGGAAAACAAGUUCUAUUCACAUAUUCAAAUCAUACAGUUUUACUCGAAAUUCCCAAUACAACUUGCAUUAAUGAACAUGCUUAUCGUCUAUUAGAUCAAUGGCAAUUACCUGUUUUUCUUUUUUCAAAAUUACAAGAAGCGCUGCGAUUAUUUUUCAAUGAACAAAUUCAAAUAGUCGCUGAUGAAACAACUCAACUAGCUGUUCAAUCUUUAAUUGAAGGACAAUGCGAAAUUCAACCACUUCUCGAUCACUGGUUUAAUCUUGUUCAAGAAUGUAAAACCUAUAUACAACAUCUCGAACGGCCUAGUGACGAACAUAUUUUUUCGAAUGCAUUUCAAAAUGUUCUUCAUACAGGGAACAAUUAUGAAAUACUUCUUCAACUUGAAUAUAUUUAUCAAAAUGAAAUAGAAGUUUUGUUAAAGCAACGCGAUAAAGAAAUGCAAGAACUUGAUAAAGAACAUCAUCGAGAAAUGCACGAUGUGGUGAAUGAACCAACAAAUAAAUAUCCAGAUGUUUAUGUUCGAAAUCUGGCACAAAAACAUAUGGAAGAGAAACAGUCACUUGAAGCCAAAUGGAAUAGUAAUAUAUCAUCGGCUAAAGAUCGUCAAAAACAGCAAUUUAAAGAAUGUGUUAUGCAACUACACGAAGAAAGUUUAGUAUCAAAUAGUUUACAAAAUUCAAAUGGCAGUAAAAUGCAUGCACGUAUAAGUGCGGCCCCACCAUCACCUUUAUCGGUUGUUAUUGCUGUACCUGAUACAACAUUACAUGAACGUCGUUUAGAAACAAGUUAUACUGUACAACUCGGUGCACAAUUAAAAUCUAUGUAUAAUCUUCGUUUAAUUCGGUGUGAUGCACUUGAUUACUGUCGUUUAAGAACCCAGAAAAAAGAAAAUAAAAUUCUAUUGGAACCACAACGUCUUCAAACAUUGAUGUCACUUUAUACAAGUUCACUUUGUGGUCUUAUUCUUCUUGUACCAAAACGAAUUCGAUUGAGUACUGGUGAUAUUAAAGAAGAGUUUGCUUCUGUGUGUGAACGUUCCACUGACUUUCAUUUUCCAUCAUUGGAACAACAAAUGUCCAGUAUUGAAGAAGAUUGUGUUAAAAAAGCUAAUAGUGAUCGAUUAAAUGCAUCUGCUAGCCUCGAUUCAAAUUCAAUCGCAAGCAAACAUAGUGAUACGUCUUCAGAGGAAUCCAAUUUAUGUUCCGUAGGUGAUUUUUAUGUCACACGUCAUUCGAAUCUAUCUGAAGUUCAUGUUGUUUAUCAUUUGGUGGUUAAUGAUAGUUCGCUACGUUCAUCAACAGAAAUUACGUCACGUCAUCCUGCUCUGUUUGGUUUAAGAAAUAUUUUAAAAGAAUGUUGUAAACAUGAUGUAACAACAUUAACAUUACCUUUAUUACUGACACACGAUAUGACAGAGGAAAUGACGAUUCCUUGGGUUAUGAAACGUACUGAGUUAGUAUUAAAAUGUCUUAAAGGUUUUAUGAUGGAAAUGGGAACAUGGGGUACGAAUCGAUGUUCGACUAUUCAACUUGUUGUACCUAAAAAUUUACUUAAUCAAACAUUCUUUCAGUUGGCUGAUCAUGUGUCGACUAUAUUUCGAGAGCCGAAAACAGUGAUGUUACAGUUUUAG